AUGCGGCGGGAGGAUGAAGGAUGUCCUGGUGGAACCAAAGUGGGUGAGACGGUGGUAAAAUCCGAAGGGACUCACCAUGGGAGAGCUUCUGAGAGCGCCCGGGGCACGGAGGGGUGCCCAGGGGUGGAGGAGAAGGACGGAUUCACCCGCGGUGAGUGCGAUCAGCAGCUCUUUGCAGGAGAGAGUCUCUACGAAUGUUUCCACUGCAAGAAAUGCUUCCAGGACAGGUCGGAGCUCAUUUGCCACCAGAGGUUGCACCAAGGUGGAAAGACUUUUAAAUGCCAAGAGUGCGGAAAGGAGUUUGGGAAGAGCUCGGACCUUAGUUCCCAUCAGAAAAGCCACAUGGUGGAAAAGCCCUACCAGUGCUCGACGUGCGAGAAGUUCUUCAAGGACCGCUCCACCCUCAUCAGGCACGAGCGAGUGCACACGGGCGAGAAGCCCUACAAGUGUCUGGAGUGCGGGAAGAGGUUCACCCGCAGCUCGGACAUCAUCGUCCACCAGCGGAUUCACACGGGGGAGAAACCCUUCGAGUGCUCCGAGUGCGGGAAGAGGUUCAGCCAACGGUCCAACCUCUUCACCCACCAGAUCGUCCACACGGGGGAGAAACCCUUCACCUGCCACCAGUGCGGGAAAACCUUUGCCCGCAGAUCGGAGCUCACCAUCCAUCAGCGAACGCACACCGAGGAGAAACCCUACCAGUGCUCCCAGUGUGAAAAAUCCUUCCGGGGAAGGUACGGACUCUUCAGGCACGAGCGGUUGCACACGGGGGAGAAACCCUACGAGUGCUCUGAGUGCGGGAAGAGCUUCGGCCAGAGCGGGGACCUCAUCACCCACCAGCGCUUCCACACGGGGGAGAAGCCCUACCACUGCUCCCAGUGCGGGAAGUUCUUCUGCAAUAAAUCCAGCCUCGUCAAACACCAGAAGUGGCACUCGGGGGAGAAGCCCUACAAGUGCCACGAGUGCGGGAAGAGCUUCGGGCAGAGCUCGGACCUCAUCGCCCACCAGCGGACCCACACCGGGGAGAAGCCCUACCCCUGUGCCGAGUGCGGGAAGAGGUUCACCAGGAAAUCCAGCCUCAUCGUCCAUCAGCGGGGACACAGAGGACAGAGAACUGGAGAAUGUGCAAAAUGUGGGAAGGGCUUGGAGGAAGGCUCUGGGAGCGUGGGGAUGGGAGACAGCUUGUCCCCGUGCUCCAAGUGUGCAAAGACCCUCGAGGAAGCAUCAAGCCUCCUUGACCGGCAGAGGUGA